UUUUAUAGAUAGUCCCAGUGAUUGAGAUGACGCAAUUUGGGAGUAAUGAGCUGGUCUUGGCUUAUUGUGUUGGUUAAGUUUAAUUUUCAUUAGUUUUAUUUAUUUUACAACACACCAGAAUUAGGGAACAGGUUCUAAGUUGUGCAUGAAGAAAUGAGUUUAUAUGUGCCUUAUGCAAUUAAUCAAAGACUCCAUGGAAAAAAUGCAGAAAUUGAUAAAAUACUUAAUGAAAUUACGAAUGAAUUGGAAGAAGAAAACCGCUUAUUAAUGUCUUUUUAUAAAGAUGCUUUGAUGAAAAUAGGAAAUGUUAAAUAUGAAGAUGUACCUCAUUCUGUAUUUAAACAAAUAGCAGAAACAGUUGAGGCUAGAUCAGAUGAUGAUUGGAAGGACAUUGCAAGCAAACUUGGAGUUGGCAAUGUAGGAGAACUUAAAAUUAUUGAAAAACGUUCACGUAAUUUAAAUGAAUUGCCUUUAUACACUCUCUUUGUAUCAAACUUAUCAAAAGGUUCUGGGACAUUGGGACAAAUCUUAAAAAUAUUGUUAGAUAUUGAGCGUUAUGACAUACUACGUAAAAUACAAGGUGAGAUAAUCACUCUUCAAGCAAAACAUUCAAAUUCACAAAGUUUAGAAAGAAGUGAUUCCAUCAAUUGGAACCAUAGUCAGUUUCCAGUUGAAGAUGAUUCAUCAUAUUUCUCUUCGUCUCUCUCCAACAGACAGCAAACUUCUACAGACAAUCUCUGUUGUGAAGUAAAUGAUACAACGAGAGAAAGUGACUUGUUCAGCUGCACAAACAGUUCUAUUUACUCUGCUAGUCACAGCUUUGAAGGAAACAAUCUAGAAAUUACUGAAAGUAGAAAUGAUUGUUGCAGUAAUGCUAGAGAAAAAGAUUUACUUCUUGGAACUAACUGUUGUGUAACAGUAAAACCAGAAGAAAAAGAAUUUGAAAACAACUUCAGCUCAAAAUGUAACAGAAAAAGUUAUAAAAAUUUCAAACGUAACAUUCAGUCUACUCCAGUGUUUCAUGCUAACGAAGAAAAAAGAUAUCGAGAAGAAAGCAUUGACAUUGAAUCAAGUGGAAGCUCCUAUGAAAUCUCCAACUUGAGCUGUGAGAGUAAUGGCUCCAUUUUCCAGCCAGAAAGCAUUUCCAGUUGCAGAAGUGAAGACGCUGAUAUCAAUGACUUGUAUACAUAUGCUCCAUAUCAGGGAAAUAGCUUUACCAGUAGAGGUCCAAUACUAAUGUCACAGGAUGUAGCUGUCACUCUGUAUAACUUUUGGGAUAAUGAAGGAAGUGUGUCAGGUCAAUUAAAAAGAAUACCAAGAAUUGCUUGUGGAAAAGCUGAUUCUCAGGUAUACAUAGGACCUGAGAGAAUCUGUGAAACUUUAUAUCGGCCUUUAAGUAAUAAAUUUGCAUCAGUGUUUAUCACUCAUACUUUAGAUGACAUAGAAGUUGCCAUGAAACUGAAAGAUAAGAUGAAUUUUCAAUUUAACGUCACUUUUGCAAGGGAGUUAGAUGUUGAGCUUGCUUUUGAUCCUUACAGUAACAUCAGAAAAUUGCUUGAAAAUGUUGACUUCAUUGUUCCUAUUGUAAGCCCUUCUUAUUUGCAGGAAAUCGAGCCUGUUGACAUCCAGACAAGAAGCACAGAUAGCCUCCAUGUCCGUUACAUUUUCCAGCAUUAUCAAAAUGAGUAUGCUAAUAAAGCUUGUCUAAAUUAUAAAAUACGGCCAGUGAUGGUCAGUGGCAUGAAACAAGCUGAUCUAGGAAAUCGUUUAGAGCUGAGAUGCUGUUUAAGGUUAUGGGAAGAAGUUCCAAGACUGUGUAAUAUUCUAAAGAUGACCAAAGAAAAAUAUCCACAUAUGUAUCUAAGACAGAAGAAUGACUAAAGAUACAUUCAUCAGAGCACCUUCACCUACACAAGUGCAAUGUUAGAAAAGUAGAAGGUACAGAAUCACAGAUAAUUUGAAACUGAUAAAUAUGAUUUUUAUGUGAAUCUUAAAUAGGAAUGAUCUGCAGACAAUUUUUCUAUAUUACAUUAGUUCAUCAAUGCAAUAUUAAAAUAAUAAUGUUAGUCAGGACAGAGUGGUAGUAUGUUUCAAUUUGAGAUAGCCUGUAUAAAAUGUUCAGAUUUCUUUUACCGCUGUAACAAUAAAUUUACCUGGCUGUGAAGUUCUGCUAAGCAAAUUAACUUUAUUUCAGUGGUGGCUUAUGAUCUCUGUUUAAAGUUGUUUCCAUUCAGUUUUCAUGCUGUCAAGGCAAUUGACAACAUAUUUAAACUUCAGGAGUUUAUUUGGUUGGUCCAGUAAUCAUUUAUACACUUUAUUCCUAAUUCAUAAAAAAAAAAAAAAAUAAGUUUUACUGUGUCUCUGCUUAGCCAAUUAAGUUUCAUAAAAAUUGGGUCACACAAAUAUAUAUUUAUUAACAAGUGGCCUUUAUUAGUCUUCUGUCAUAUUGAUAUUAUUGUGCACAUUAACGAGCUCUGUACUCAAUAUAUAUUUUUCUUAAAUAAGGACAUUACAAAUGAGUUUAUAAUAUAUUUACUUUUCUUUUCUGAUACUUCUGUUAGUGAUCAUGUUUAUGGUAAAGAGAAAUUUUGGUAUCCAAUUUUAUGUUUUGUCCACAUAAAAUAUUGUAAGUUUUAGAAGAAAGUUACUUUAGGUGAAGAUUAUAGGCUUUCAUAAUUUUUUACUUUUUUUGAAGAAGUGAAUACAGGCCAAAGGGGGGAUUCAAAUGUAAAAAGCUUUAGCAGACUAAGCUACUGUAUCAUAGGUGUGUUAAAUCUCAGAUUUAAAAUCGCUGAUUAUUGAAAACAGAACUCAAUAUAAGGUUUAAUCAAUGUCAGUCAUUUAUAAAGUGCUCUGAAUCUUUUUAAUUUGUUGGAUAUUGUAAGUUUUAUAUAGACUAACAGUAGAAAUUUGAAGUGACAUGUUGACCUCUGAAGUUUUUAUUUUUGUGUGUGUGUGUUUAUCUUUGAUUGUGAAAUAGAAUAGUUCAUUAAAGAACCUUCAGUAAAACUACUUUCUACCAGUUAUUAUUUAGUUUGGUCUGUUUUCAACCUAUUCAAACUUAUAUUUUGUGUUUUUCUAUCAUUAAUCAUAAACAGCAAUCUAAUGUUGAUUAUUUUUUGUCUUUUUAUUAGUUUUGAACUUUAUGACAUUAAUUUAGAACUUUGGUUAUGAUUCUUUUCACUUAACUUAUAAAUAUUACUUAGUUUAUGAACCUACUUAUAAUAAUGUACAUUCUUACUCCUUACAUUAUUGUUAUAUAGAUUGUAAUGUGCUUGUGGCAUUUUUGAUUUAAAUCUGUUAUCAAUAUUAUAUCAUUCUGUAUUUUUUCUACUGCAUACUGUAUUUCAGUACUAUAGACAUAUCUGAAGAUCUUUCGAUUCCCUAGAACGGAUGAAAAUAAACAUGCAUGUUAAUUUUAAAUACAUUUUUUACUAUUUCAAACUUGAGUUUUAUUAAAUGAUAAAAAAAUAUAUCUUGAA